UGCAAGUAUCGAAGGUAAGGAACAAAUUCACGUGGGGUUAAUUAGUAAGCAUGACUCCUCUAUACUAAUAUCUAAUUAAACCUCAGAUCAAACCCCACCAAAUACCAUCCUUGUAAUUAUAACCAUAAUGGCACUCAGCAACAACGUGAUAGGGGCCAUCAACUUCGUUGCGGUACUUCUCUCAAUUCCAAUCAUUGCUGCAGGGAUCUGGCUAACAACAGAGCCAGCAGAUUCGUGCGUCAAAAUUCUUCAAUGGCCUGUCAUGAUCUUGGGGGUUCUCAUACUUGUAGUGGCUCUGGCAGGGUUUCUAGGAGCCUUCUGGAGAAUCCCUUCGCUUCUGGUCUUCUACCUGGUUGCAAUGUUCGUGCUUAUUCUGUUGCUUGUUAGCUUGGUGGUUUUCACCUAUGCUGUCACCCUCAGAGGCCAUGGCAACAUUGAACCCAAUCGCUCCUACUUGGAAUAUCGUNCGUUGGAUAUUUUCUUCUAG